AUGUCAGAUACAGUCAGAAGCAAACCUGCCAAGCGUGGAACACGGAAUUCCCUUUCGUGCUCACAAUGUCGCUAUAAACAUAUUCGCUGCGACGGCCGCAAGCCCGUAUGCUCACGCUGCGCCACAAAUACAGUACAAUGUGUUUAUCCUGUAUCACGCCGACGUGGAAAUCCAAAAUCAAGGAAAGCCCCGCUGUCGCCUGUCAGAGAUCUAUAUGAGACCUCUAUUGACUCAUCACUACAAACUUCCACUGUCGGUUCUUCCUCUUCUGUCACCACCAACGGGGAUAUAAUAUCUUCUUCCAACUCAGCUUUCUCAUUUCUGAGUUUAUAUUAUGAGUUCUUUCAUGCGGCUCAUCCUUGUGCCUUGCCUUUCGAAAAUUUCAAGACUCGUCUCAACGAAGCGAAAAUUCAGCCUCUCCUUCGAGUGAUGUGCUAUGUCGGGUCUUUUUUCGAUACAUCCUGUCCAUCUCAUAUUUUGGACUCAUGGGCCCAACGUGCUCAGGACUCAGUGGCCGAAAUCCGGUCAUCAAUCCAGCCUCUCACGCCAUUUGACAUUCAAGCCGUCUUACUUUAUUCCAUCGCUGUCUACUGGUGCAAUAAAACAGAAAGUGGCGUGGAGCUCCUUGACGAAGCGAUUCGCAUGGCAGUAUCCCUUGGGAUGAACAAAAAGGAAUUCGCCCAGAUCUACUUGGAAGCCGAUUCCGUACUAGCGGAAAGUUGCCGCCGCACUUGGUGGGUGAUGUAUAUCACCGAUGCCCACAUUGCUGGAUCUACCCAUAUGUAUCCGUUCCGAACGAGCAGCAUUGAAAUCACUACCGACCUUCCUUGUGAAGAAGAACAGUAUGAAAGAGGGGCCAUUCCAUCUCCACGAUCCCUAGAAGAUUACGAGAAUAGGGAGUUUCUUGGCGAAGAUGAAACCGAUUUUUCGUCCUACGCGGAGCUUAUUGGCUUGACCCGCGGGAUUGAUCGGGCCUUGUCUCCAGGCAAUACCACAGAUAAUCAGGUAUAUACCACAAUGGCUGCUAGCUCUGAUACUAGCGUUCGAGCAUGGUGCUCUCUUCUCUCUCCGAACAAGAGGCAAUUAAUUCGUCCCGAUGGGUCAUUUGACGAGGUGAUGUUCAAAGCAUUCUUCAUUAUGCACACAUUUGCCGUUGAAAUACAUCGGCCGCUGUCAGCGUUGACUCACAGCGCAAUCGAAUCCGUUUCGCACUGUGCUCCAUUGGCCCCGUCGGAACAACUAAAAUGCAAUAAUUCAGAGGAACGUGAUCUACAUACUGUCAAAUGCACCCGGGCUAUCAAUAGCAUUGAUGAACUGUUGACUCUACCAACUGACAUGAAGACCCAUUCCCCCUUCAUCAUUUGUAUGAUUGCCAAUGUGACCAUUGCACAUCUAUCGGCGUGCAGGUUUAUCUAUUUUGGGGAUCGGCUAGCGAAAAGCCGUGAGAAGAUUCGGUUGGCUAUGGGCACUUUGAAGCGUUUAAGUGAGCACUGGAAGCUGGCAAAACGAACUUACCGUGAGAUUGGAAUUGUCGCCCGAGAAUUGUUAUUUCUCGCAAAAGAUCCUCCGGCUAGUUUGGGUGCUGUUGACCCGUCCCUUUCAGAUCCAAUUCCGCCUGCAUUCCCGACAUUAGACAUGUUGAAUUUUGACUUCUGUGCCUUUUUUGAUGCGGAUGCUCCUGGUCUAACUGGAAUGAAUUAA